AUGGCCUACCGCGCAUCUCGAGGAAGGAAACAGGCCAAGAAGGGUGUCCAGCUCACCAUCAUGGUGGUUGGUGCCUCGGGUACUGGCCGCACCACCUUCGUUAACACGCUCGUUGAGCAGCCCAUGCUUCCCCACCGCGCCCAGCAGAUCCUCAAGGACCCCGAGAACCCUCGCUCCGAGGUCGACCCCAGCCUUGCUGAGCAGGCCGCUGCCGACGCCCACGUUGAGCGCCAGAUUCAGAUCAAGCCCGUGAACGUUGAGCUUGAGGAGGACGGUGUCCGCAUCGCCCUCACUGUUGUUGACACCCCCGGCUUCGGCGAGGGCAUCGACAACGAGCACUGCUUCCAGGAGAUUGCUACCUACCUUGAGCGCCAGUACGACGACAUUCUUGCUGAGGAAUCGCGUAUCAAGCGUAACCCUCGUUUCCGCGACAACCGCAUCCACGCGCUGCUCUACUUCAUCCAGCCUACCGGCCACGCUCUCCGCGAGAUGGACAUCGAGCUCAUGCGCCGCCUGUCGCCGCGCGUGAACGUUAUCCCUGUUAUCGGCAAGGCUGACUCUCUGACUCCCUCUGAGCUCAAGGCGUUCAAGCGCCGUAUCAUGGAGGACAUUGAGUACUACGGCAUUCCCGUGUACAACUUCCCUUACGACCCCGAGGAGGACGACGAGGAGACCAUUGCCGACAACCGCGAGCUGCGCUCGCUCCUUCCUUUCGCCAUUGUCGGUGCCGAGGAGGAGAUCAUGAUCAACGGCGAGGCCGUUCGUGGCCGUCGCUACCCUUGGGGUAUCGUCGAGGUCGACAACCCGGAGCACUCUGACUUUGGCCGUCUCCGCAGCGCUCUGUUCCAGUCGCACCUUACCGACCUCAAGGAGAUCACCCACGACUUCCUCUACGAGAACUACCGUACCGAGAAGCUCUCGCGCUCUGUUGGCGGUGAUGCUGACACCACGGCCUUACUUCCCGAGGACAUGGCCAACCAGUCUGUCCGGCUCAAGGAGGAGCAGCUCCGCCGUGAGGAGGAGAAGCUGCGCGAGAUCGAGCUCAAGGUCCAGCGCGAGAUCCAGAUCAAGCGCCAGGAGCUGCUUGCCAAGGAGGACUCGCUCAAGGUCCUCGAGGCGCGUCUCGCCGCGCAGGGCUCGAACCAGUACGAGUAA